AUGGAUGCUCCUUUAGAUCCGGCCCAGCACGAUUGGUUCAACGCAGUUAAGUGCGGCGACAUCUCACUUGUGAGUGAAAUGAUAAAAAUUCAUGCUAGAACCCGCACAGAGGCAGGAGAAACCGCACUCAUGAUUGCGUGCCGAAUGAACAAUGCCAAUCUCGCGAGCAUUUUGAUACCUUCAGAGGUUGAUGUCUGCACGGAUAACAAUGAAGAUGCCCUCAUAUUUGCUGCUCAAUCUGGAGCAUGUAAGGCCUUGGCACUUCUGUUGGCUUACACGAGUAUUCGACAUACCAAAGCAGGGCUAACAGCCCUGGAUAUCGCUGUCCAACGAGAGGAUGUACCGUCCUUAAGGAUUCUUCUCCGGCAUCCUGGCCUGGCUCUCGAAGAUCUUCAAUGUGUGUACGACCGCAUGAUCCCUACAACAUCUGAGCCCAUCCAGCACCUUAUUCUACACGAACUAAGUACUAGAGGGGUACACUGUGAAGUGAAAAAGCAGUCUUUAAAAUCAGAAAGCCUGGCCACCAACCAAGAGAUCUGUGUGACAGAGUCUAACCAGAACCAUGGCUUAGAGCUCUCCUUGACCCCCAAUGUUAGCAUUUGGGAUGCUUCGACUGUAGAGCAGCAGCCUUGCAGGGGCACUGCCCACCCCGACCCCACCUCCACUUGCCAACUUUCGGGGAUUGAAGAGGAUACUUACUCAUUGUCUUUUCUUCAAAGUGCUCAGCUGGUAACCAGCGAAUCUAGUAGCAACAUUUCUGGUCACGAUGCCACUAUUCACGAGCCCCACAGGCCCCGCUGUUCUGACAGAUUUGCAACACCAGAACCUCGACAAACCAAUGCCGACUUACUCGGCUGCAUUCGUGACUCUGCAGUACACAACAAAAAUGAGCACAUCCAAACGCUCUAUCCAAUAUUCACAGAGGCCCAGAUGGCGGAGAAGAAUAGCAAUAUCGAAGCCCUCCGAACAGAAGUAGCUGCCCGGCAGCGUGAGCUAGAAGCACAGCAGCGUCAGAAUGAAGAGCAAGCGACAAUCUUCGUGUCCAAAAUAGAGAAUUUGGAGGUGAAGAUGGCUGAAAUCACAAAGGCUCACGGUGUUGAAAGAGAGACACUUCAAAAGGAAAAUGCAUCUCUCCGAGCUAUUAAUGCUUCACUAGGAGAAGAGAUUGCCGUGCUGUGCCAGUCCGCACCUUUUGAAAACCUUUCCACAUUGCUUGCGGCGGCACAGCAACUGGUGAAGUCUGAACUUCCAUCAAUCCACAUCACAGAGAGAGCAGACAGCAUCACACCUAAUCGAAAUAGCAGUGUGUACUCAAGACAGAGCGAUGCAGACUCCACAGAGAUGUCACUAGAACAAAAUAGACUACAUGAGAUAGACGUGAUAUCACAAAAAUGCGUACAGCAAGCACAGCUUAUUAGCUCACUGCAAGCCAAUAUAACACAAAGGGAUGAGCAAAUAAAGGCGCUGACACGGCAAAAUGAAGAGUUGAAAAGAACUAUCCAAAGUUAUGAAAACUCUAUAUCUUUGUGUAACACAACGGUGGAUAAUUUGAUACGGUCUCCACACGUAUUGAACCCAGGAAUUCUGUUGCAGAAUACUCCGCAGAAUACGUUGGGAGUGACAACUAGCAAACCAAAAUCAUCUACUCCGAUUCGGAGGUCAAUCGCAUCACCUCUCUCAGAGAACAGCGUACUCUCCAGAGGCAGAGGGAGCAAGGCAAGUCCAGGCACCCCACAAGUCUCCAGGCCCAUAGAAAGGGCCCACACAUUGCCAACACCAACACGGUCCGUAGUCCAUACCAGUACGAGGCUGAAAUCUUCCAACAUCAGACCUCCUGCUACUCAAUCACCAAAGGUACAGCCCUCACCAGGGCCCAGAGGUACGCGGAGAAUGCUGGACACUACUCCCAAUCAUGAGAGAGAAGACGCCAGGUCGCCUUUAGAUGAAUGGAUGCUGAUUGCAUCGAAGAAUAGGGCAUCCUCUAAAAGGUGGUCGACACAUACACCCUUGAUGGACGCUGUUCUCUUUCGGCAUAACCAUGACAUACCUCGACACAUGGAAUAUGCAGGGUGUGCCUUAACUAACGGCUACACGGCUCUUAUGUUUGCCUGUGAAAGAGAUAAUAAGGGUGCUGUCUCGAUACUUGCGCCUCUGGAGUGUGGGAUGUGUUUAGACAACGGGGAUACAGCUCUAAUACUAGCGCUACGGAGUGAGCAUUUCGAGACAGCAGAGCUUCUCCGGGGCCUGGAGUCUAGCUACUGUGAUGUUCAGAACAUAACACAGAUGCCCACUAAUAUUACAGAAAGUGGCACAUCUCGGAAAGGCCCGCGCACGGAGAUGAUGAGGUAUGCAAUAGAGGGGGAUGUACUGAAAAUCUUUUGCCUUUUGCCGUACCAAAGCCGUGAAAAGGAUGAGGAUGGCAACACGUCUCUUAUUCACGCAGUUUCCAACAACAACCUCUCCGCAGUAAAACUGCUGUGCACGACAGAGGCAGGCCUCCACAACAAGAAGGGUGAAACAGCGUUGAUACGCGCAGCUAAGAACGGCAAUGUGGAAUGCUGCCUUCUCCUGAUAGACCACGAAAAGAGGCGCCAAGAUGGCAAGGGGUACACCGCGCUUAUGUGGGCAGCGGUAGCAGGAGACGUAACUAUGGUGAGGCUGUUAGCUCCAUAUGAAGCAGGAGUCCAAAACGCACAAGACGACAACUGCACAGCCCUAAUCUAUGCUGUAGAGUUCCAGAACUUUGAGUGUGCAGAGAUCCUAGCACCACGGGAAAAAGCCCUAGAGGACACUCGCGGUCUUUCUGCUUUGGAGAGGCUUAAAAGGUACUCUGGCUCUACCAACCCUCAACUGCGGGACGCAUUUAUACGUUUAUUGUCAUAG